GCUAUGUGCAGUUCGUGGAUAAAUUGGUGGCUUGUCAGUUCGUAUGUUUUGUUAAUUUUUUGUGGAAACGUGCAGAGUAAAAGCUACUAUGUGAUUUCUGCAGCUGGUUCAAUAUUUACUGGUCGUCCCUAUGGCGUUGUUGUAACCAUUUUCAAUAGCGAAGUCAGUUCCAGUUGUGUGGUUAGCUUAAAAGGACCAAACUUGGACAUGCAAAUGCAGUAUAAUCUAACACCUCAAUCUCCAUGUCGUUCGCAUCAGUUUCAGAUGCCAGCAACUCUAAAGGAAGGCGAAUACACAUUAACAGUCGAAAGUGUACGUGGUCAAUACUAUAGAAACUCCACGCGCCUAAAUUGGGAGGAUACAAAGAGUUUCGUUAAGAUUCAAACACCCAAAAAUCAUUAUAGACCCGGUGAUGGUAUACGAUUUCGUGCUUUAUAUUUCAACGAGCAAUUGAAACCGGUGCAACCCAAGUCGACAACAAAUAUACAAAUCUAUGAUGGUAAUAAUAAUUUUGUUGCAACCUAUAAGAAUAUCAUCACAAGAGAUGGUAUCUAUCGUGGCAAAUUCCAAUUGGCUAACAAUCCUGUCUUUGGACUCUGGCGCAUCUGCAUUGCGGAGUUGAACAUAAUAAUGGGAGACUGUGCUUAUUUUCGGGUCAUCCAAUAUGUAAUACCACCGUUUAAAGUGCGUAUACAAACGAAACGUUAUGUGUCUCUGUCCGAUAACAGUUUACCAGUAUUCGUCAAGGCUUACUAUGCCUCUGAGAAUAAUGUUGAAGGCAAUGUCAAUCUCUUUGUGCACAGCUAUCUAGAUAAAGAAACGAGUGAAACACCAAUAAGUGUACAUUUAACCAGACGACUAAAAAAUGGUACAUCCGAAUUUAAUAUAUCAUUGGCCCAAUUCGAAAAACAAAUACCCCAAAAUAAGGAACUGCUAGUUCACAUUACUGCCUCGGUUAAUGAGGGCUAUACAUCGGAUAGUGCGAAUACAACAAAACUGAUCAGUCUGUAUCGCAAUCAGUUUAUCAUUGAAUGUAUUCAUACGACAGGAAAUUGUCGCAAACUUGUUGGCGAUAAAGAGAGUAUCAUUACAUAUCGCAUUACAAAGCUAGAUGGUGAAAUUGCUACUACCAAAUUACCCGUCAAAUUGCAUUAUUCUUCUUUAUCGUCCACCGAUACUUAUUCCUUUACAUCACAAUUGAAACCAAAUGGAGUUGUUAAUUUUCCAAACGUGAAAAUAUUGAAAUCAGAAUCAGAAAAUGCAAAAAUUCUUGUUUUAAACACAGAAAUAGAAUUUGAAGGACUUCGAAAUCCUAUGCCAAAUACGACCGUCACCUGGCUUAUUGCAAGAACUUCUCAUGUUGAUCAUGAUAAGGGUCAUGAUAAGGGUCAUGGACAUCUACAUACCAAAACUAAAGGACUCAGUGUGCCAGCAGGCACUUCGGAAUAUGUACACUUUGAUGUCGAUCACCGAUAUGAGUAUGCAUCUUGUGUCGUUAUGUCCAAUGGCAAUGUACAAGUUGGUCAUCGUGUACUACCCGAUGUGUUUGGCACAGUUGAGGCUAAAAUUGAUUUUACUCAAAAUAUGUGGCCAUUUGUGCAUUUAUUUCUCUAUGGCAUGGAAAGGAAUAGUUUGUUCGUAGCUCUUAAGACUAUUGGAAUCCAGGAGCAGCGUAAUAAGAUUUCAAUUGAAGCUCCACGAAAAGUAUCGCCAGGCGAAAGAAUCAAACUUAAAGUAAGCACUUCACCAUAUUCCUAUGUUGGUUUAAUUGCCACAGAUGAAGUUCUAUAUGAUUUGGGGGAAAGGUCCACAAAUGACUUGAGUGCUGAAGAAUUGGCUGGCUAUUUGAACAAACUGAGAGCAAGUCCAGCUAUAGAUCAGCGAUAUCUGGAUUUGCCAAGUGAAAAAUGGGGCUUAGUAACUUUAACGAAUGCCCCAUAUAUAAAGAAAGCAUGUAUUACAUCAUGCAGAAUCCAAGGCCGAACGAAACGCAGGACCCGUGCUAAGAGAAUGAAACGCGUUUUCCGCACAGCAAAUAUACCCAAGGAGCGUCGCAACUUUGCUGAUGUCUGGUUAUUUGAAAUGAUGAGAAGCUCAGCAAGUGGUUCGAAUAGUUGGGAGUUUGUUGUGCCGGAUCGUAUUACCACCUGGAGACUAAAUGCUUUCUCAAUGCAUCGUACACGUGGACUAACAGUACUCCCAGGUCCCAUCUAUAUACAGAGUGGUAAACCCUUGUAUCUAAGCACAAAUUUACCAUAUAGCAUAAAGAAGGGUGAAGUAUUACGUCUACCUGUUACCUGUUUCAAUCAACAUACAGAGCAACUGGAAGUAACUUUACAAGUCAGCUACAAUACUGACAAAAUGGUAUUACUAGACGAACAACUUCAAAAUAUUACAAAAACCGAUAUUGAAAUGUCAAUUGGCCCAUCUGAUUUCGAUGUAGCAUUUUUCUAUAUCAAACCUUUGGAAAAUGGUGACGGGAAACGAUAUAAUCUACAGGUUACUCCGACAAUCAAUAAACAACAAUUGAGUUUAAAGGCGUGUUUGGAACGCCAUGACAAUGAUCAUGUUGACUAUGUGGGUAGCAUUCUAGAAUUGCGAUUACCCACAGGAUAUGUAUUGACUCCGAAAAGUGUAGACAAAUUACAGGAUAAGGCAAAUGUCCGGCAAGCAAUUAAUGACAACACCAAAUUAUUUGUCGAAUUGAAACCUCUGACAUCGAUGCGAAUGGAAUGCUUAGAAGUUCAGGCCAAACUAAUGCAUCAACUGGAUAAUCUGCAACCCGGUAAACUUGUGGUGUACGAUGUCAAUGCCAAGCAGGAAGUUGACAUCCUAACCUACAGGGUUUCCGUGGCAGCGGAAAAAGUAGAAGAAACGUAUUCCUAACUCGCACUCGCAUUUCCCCUUCUACUCCCACUCCCACUCUCUCUCUCUCACAUUUAACCUAAUUGCCAAUUUCCGUAAUAAACAUGUGUAGAUUUUUAUAUUAAUUAGAA